GUUUAUAAUGCAAUUUUUAUUUUACUCUAGAUUAUAAUGAAACGUAAAACUAUAAGUGAAUCACCAAUUGAUGAUGGCUCACAAAAAAAAGUUUACGAAACUCGGUGGUCUGAUCAAGUUCAUUUAAUACAAGAACAACUCAUUAAUGAAAGUAGCUCAGUUGCUGCUUUGAAAGAUUUUGUGAAAUACAGUCAGGAAGAAAACAAAUUUGUUGAAGCCUAUUUACAAACCUCUCGAGAGUGUAAAGAAAUUUUUUAUCAAUUCGGAACUGAUCAAAAACCAGAUUCAUUAAAGUUAACGUUAAUAUGGGAAGCCUUUGAAUGUGUUUUAUUAUGGACAUCUGAUCAAGCAAUAGACUCAAAUCUGAAAUCUACUGGUUUAUUUAUUGUAAACAAAAUACUUCAAAAUCACAUCAAACUUCUUUAUUCAUCACUAAGUGUCAAUGCAUCUACAGAUUUGGUUAUUGCUGUUUUAAAAUGUAUGGCUGUAAUGUUAGCACAAGGCUCUACUGCUGUUUCAGAAUUUGUUUCAUGUUUUGAUUUCUCUCUUAAAGGGUUGAAAUUUCAUGCCAAAAAACGAAUUAAAAAGCUUAAACCAGAUCCUCGUACUUGUUUUGUUCGUUUUUUGCUUGCUUUCUUUGUAUUUGGAGAUGUUUCAGCAUUGUUAAAAAUGUUAGAAGAAAAGACAGUUGAUAAUCUAAAUAUCUUUGCCAAAGAUUUAAUAUCAUUGGUGUUUGAUGAUAUAAAUCAAGAUUCACCUGAAGUUAUUGGUGCUGUUUUGAACACUUUUUUACAAAAUGUAGUCGAGGAAUCAAGUUUAUUAAAAAAGAUGAAGAUAAUAUUCUUUAGUUCAUCUGUUCUUUUCAAACUUGCUCUUUUAUGUAAACAUAAUGAAGAGAGUAUUAGCAGUGUUGCACUUUCAAUGUUAGAGAUUCUUUGUACAAACCAAAAAAAAGGAAUUUGCUUUGGAUGUAAAAAAGAUGAACCAUUCACUGGAAAAUUACUUAAUCCUGUUUUACUCAAGUUUUUGACAUCUAUAAAGCAGCAUGCUUUGCUUCAAAAAAACUUAUUGGACCUGACAAUAAAAACACUGAAGGUUUGUCCUGAUGUAAUUGCUCCUUAUAUAAGUUCUAUUGAUCUACAAAUGGAGCCAAAAUGUUCUGAACAAUGGCACAACAAAAUUAACUUUACAAUUGAGAUUAUGAAAAAUGUACCCAAGGUUUCUGAUAUUUUGUCAGAUUCAAACAAAGUGAAACCUGACAAAGAGUAUUAUUUCAAAAUACUAAUUCCACCUAUGCCAAAACGGCAUUAUGAAGCUGGGAUUAAGAAUGCUAGCAGUGAUGUCUUAUUAAAAACCUUGGAUCUUCUUAUCAUUGUUUUAUCACGCUGUGUUGAUUUUAAAGAAAUGUUUUCAGCAUUACUUUUAAGUGAAGAAAAGAAGUUAGAUUGGAUAGACUCCUUAAUUCAAUCAUUACCUGAUGUCAUUGCAGUAAUUAAAGUACGUCAAACAUUAGGACCACAAGGAAUAGUUAAAAAAGAACAAGAAUCAAAUUUAUUGGAAAGAAGCAUUGAGUGUCUUUACCUCUUUCAAGUUAUAAAACCAGGAAUCAUUAGUGACUCUGGUUAUAAUAUUUGCAAGCUACUUAUUUUUACUAAUAAUAAAAUAAGUGCAUCUAUUGUUAGCAAAAGUUUACAAAUUUUGCUACUUGAAAACACAAGUGUUCGUUCAUGGUUAGACAAGAAAAUGUCUGGCUAUAAAAGUUUUUUACAUCUGCUUCUUCAAGUAGCUAUGCAAUGGAAACAUGAAAUCAAUAUUGUAAAUUGUGCUAAAAUGCUUUUUUUUAAGGUUUUAAAUAUUACGAAUCAAUUUGAUGAGUUAUAUUUUGAAAUUUCUACUUGGCUAAAUUAUUUACUAAAUCAGGAAGAAUCUUUAGGCUGUGAAAUAUUUGCCACUUGCUGUUUAGAUUUGCUUCAUGAUCCCUUUGCACUUUCAAAUUUUUGUGUGGAUGAAGGUUUAUUGGAUGGUUUGUGUGAAGAAAAUAAGCAACCAUGCAGUACUUUAAGUAUUAAUAUGUUAUCAUUGCUUUCAGGAGAUUUGGCUGAAAAGGUGGUUGCUCCAGUUCUUCAAACACUUGUAGCAUGUAGUAAAGAACCCAAAAGAAUUGUUAAAUUUGUUUCAAAUAUUUCAUCUGUUCAGCUGGAAUCCUUUUUUACUUUCUCAAAGCAAUGGAUAGAUUUAAUAGAGAAGACAAACUCAAAUAAAAUUUACUCAAACAAGAAAGAUGUUAUAACACAGUCUAAUGCUGUGGAAAUGGUAUACAGAUCUGCAUUGAUGCUCAGCUAUUUUUCAUCGAAAGACAUCAAAGAUGAUAUUCUAAAUUUUUUUUUGACGUCACAACAGUUAUUUGUACGAGAAAUAUCUGAAAUGCCUUUACAUUCAUUAACAAACUAUAUAUUGCCCCUAUUUUUCAAUAUAAUUACUGUCCUUAAUCAUAGCAAUAUGCAGCCUAUUGUUAUCAGUCAAAUUGACAGUGUCUUAAAAAUAAGUUUUCAAACCAUACUAAGCAAGAUUUCAAACUUGGGUGGCACGUUUGCUAGUGUAUCAGCCAACUUGAUUAUUUUUCAAACCAGUUUCAUUAAAGAAUUUUUAAAUUGGAAAGAUCUUAUUUCUCAGACACUAGCUUACUGUCUUCAGCAAUUCCCUGAGCUAAAAACACAUCACUCAGGAAGACCUGUUAAUGAGUUUGUUUAUGCAUUAGUUGAUUUGAUUUUUCAAAUGAGAAAAAAAAUUUCACAAGAAACUAAUAUGAUGGCAGUUUUUGGUAUUGUAAAAAAUAUAGCAGUUUAUCUACCUUCUUUUGCUGUUGUAGAGUUAUUAAAAAAAGUGACUUGUGAUCUUUUUUCUGUAGAGCAAUGCUCAAAAGUAUCCUCUUCAUACAUUAACAGUUUAAACUCUUUACUUGUGAUCAUAAAUGAAAACUUUUCUUUUAAAGUGAUAUUAUCAGAUUUAUCUGGAUUAAAGGAUUAUUUGCAUGAAUGUUUAAAAAGAAAAAACAAAAAUCAGGCAGAGCAAAGAAAAUGCUUUCUGUUAAUUUAUAAAUAUUUUCCAACCCUUAAUGUUAGUUAUAAAGUUUUAUGUAAGAUGUUAAAGUUAGGAGAGAAGAUUUUUCAAGAUGCUGCUCUUCUGUUGUCAAAGCAAAAUAUAAAAUGGGUUGAUUCAAUGGUGACCGAAAUUGAUCAUCAAAAUUUUUCUGUCACUGAUAAUUUGGUUUAUCUAUUACCACUUUUGUCGAUUGCUUCUAGCUACAAACUUUUAACUGAAGAUCAGCAUAAAGUUGUUGGAAAUAUUCUAAAGAUACAUUUAGAAAAGAUUUUAAACUCAAAAUACCCAGGAUUCAUAGAUGUUCUUGUUUGGCUUCAAACAUUUCUUUCACUUGAUGAAAAAGCAGAGUUUGUUAAGGUUAUUAUUUCGAACUUUGAGAGUGAGGAGAACGUUGAGGAGAAUCUUAUUCUCUUCAUUCACAUUGUGUCAUCUAUAAAAGAACACAAAAAGUAUGCAAUGCUAUUGUUAGAUGGUGUUGCUCAAAUUAUUUUAAGAAUUAUCAACUCAAAAGAUACAGGGGUUUUCGAGCACCUCCAGCCAACUUUAGAAUUAAUCAGUCAAUUGGAUGUUAAAAAAUAUUCAAAGAAAUUGAAAACAUUAGCUUCUUUGUGGAAUGAGUUUGUUACGAUUAUACUGAAAAACUUUUAUUCAGAAAGUAAAUGUAUUAAUUUGCUCUCAAUGGCUGUUAGUUUGUUUUACAAAAUAAAAAAAUUUCAAGAUUUGAAUGUCCUAACAUUAAAAGAACUUUACUCAAUGUUUAUAAGUCAUUCAAUGUUUUUGCAGGUAAUGCAAAAGGAAGACAUAGUUAAAGAAUCUUUAGUAAAAUUGCUUUUGGCUUUGGUAAAGUUAUCUCCUGAUUUAUGUAGUCAUUCAUUUGUACCUAUUCUAUUGGCUUCAUAUGGUGCAAGUCUUAGUAAUUGUGAUCAAUAUCUUUUAUCUUUACUUAUGCUGUUUGAAGAAAGCGGUGUUUCCUUUGAGCAGUUUCAGCCUUUGUCUUGGGGUUCUGGGGCACUUGAUGCAUACAGAAUAGAUAAACCAAAGCACCUAAUGCAUGAAAGAGUGUUUUCAAGCUUUCUUAAUCAAAUAGAUAGCAAGCAAUUAAUUCAAACAGCUUGGAAAUUUCCAAUACAUUUAAAAUUAACAGAUGAAUAUUUCAAAGCAUCAGAAUUGUAUGAUCCAAGAUUUUUAUUAACUUUGCUGGCAUGCUUUUUCAAGCCUGGUUAUUUUGUUGAUUGUCGUCAGUUUAUUGAAAGUGGUUGUUUAUCUCUUGUGAUUGCUUCACUUUCCUCACACGAUGAGUCAAUUCGCAAAGUUGCUUAUUAUAUUUUAUCACAAUACAAUGACCAACUCGAAAACUCAAAGUUUAGAGAAAAAAGUCAAGUGAUGUACUUGCUGAUGUUAUUAAAAAAUUCAAUCAUAAGUGAGUUUAUGCAGAUUCCUUGUGUAUGGACCAUGCUGUUUAUUCAAUACCUUUACUUCGUUCUCAGACCAGGGCAACAUAUGUACCCAAUCCUGAGCAAUUGCAUUCUUCUAAAACCAAUUAUCAAUAUGAAAGAAAUGCCAUUUUUUCUUCCUCUUUUUAACAGUAGUUCUUCAGAUCAUAGACAAGAAAGAAUUUGGUUAUUACGACUGCUUGCUGAUAGUUUAAAAGACACAUCAGAUUUUUAUUUAUAUAAAAAAUACCAUGUCUUUGAAAUGGUCAUUGCGUAUCAUGAUUCAUUGGCUUGUAGUGCAGCAGAUAGGGAUGUGGCUGUGGCAUUGAUUCGAUCUGCUUGUUUUAUUGAAGUAGCCUCUUAUGAUCUUAUCAAAACAUACUCAAUAUGUAGCUGGAUACAUGCUAAUCUUAAAAGAAUUGGAGAAGCAGAGAAGUAUCUUAAUCUUUUGUAUUUAAUCACAAAAACAUUUGUAAAAAACGACGCAUUGACUUGCUCGCCCAGACUUUAUUUGAGUGAAGCUUUGUUAAUAUCAUUAUCUGGUCUUCAAAUUUGUCAGGAGUUAUCUCAACGAUCACAACUCGACAUUUUGUACGUGUUAUCAAAACUUGUUUCGAACUCUGGUUACUUUGGUGAUAUGGUCGAAUGGAUUUGCAAGGAUCAUUUUUUACUGAUGCUAACUCUAUCAGAAAAUCUGGUUCUUUCACCAAGUUUCGUUGACGAAGACUUGAACGAAGUUUACUCAACUAUUUUGAUUGUCAUCAUAAGCAAAAGUAUUUUAGAUUUACCGAAUCUUGUGAUUCGACCUUGGAAAGAAAUAAAACUUGAGUCGGACAAAAAACAUUAUGCAUCAAUAACCGAUAUUUUUAAAAGUAAUGCAGUAAAAACUUGCGACAAUGACAAGUUGUUAAUAUUUUUACGCUCGAUAAGCUUUUAAUAUUAUUUAAAAAAAUAAUUUUGAAAAAAUUGCACAUUUUAAAUGUAAAUUCUUGCAUACCUAACAUAUCUGUUUAAUUAACUUAAUAGGAUUUGAUAUUAAAUAGAAAGAGCGAGACUUGAAAA